GGAAGUGGGGGAGGAGGGCUGUGGUCCAUUUCCCCUGGCCGUGCUGUGCCCGCCGGGGUCCCUGAGGCUGCUCGGGGGUCCUGCAGCUGGGGGUGGGUCCCGGAGCUGCUCGGGGGCCGCCGCGCUCGCCCCGUCCCGGUACCGAAAGCGGAAGAGCCCGAGCGGCUGCGCCCCCCGCCCCGGGCCAUGGCGGCGGCCGAGGAGCUGCAGGAGGAAGCGAUUUGCGCCAUUUGCCUGGAUUUUUUCUGCGCCCCGGUGAUGCUGGACUGCGGGCACAACUUCUGCCGCGCCUGCAUCUCCCUGUGCUGGGCCCGGGCCGCCUCCCAGUGCCCCCAGUGCCCCCAGUGCCGGCAGCCCGCCGGCCCCAGCCCCCGGCCCAACCGCCCGCUGGGGAACAUCGCGGAGCGGCUGAGGCGGGGGGGGCGGCCCGGGGGGCCCGAGGAGCAGAUACAGCUGCAGCUGGAGAGCCUCUGGAGAGAGAAAGGAGAACUGGAGAAACAGGAAAGGAAGGAGCGAUGGAUCUGCCAGGACUAUCUGGAAAAAGUGAAGGCAGAGAGGCAGAAGAUUGCACCUGAAUUUAAGCAGCUGCGGCAGUACCUGGAGGAGCAAGAGCACCUGCUGCUGGCUCGGCUGGGAGAGCUGGAGGAGCAGAUUAAAACAAGAUUGAAAGAAAAUGCUGCUAAAUUCUCCAAGAAGAUCAUUUAUCUGGAUGGUCUGAUCAAGGAGAAGGAGUGUCAGCUGCCAGAACACAAGUCCCUGCAGGACGCUGGUGACGUUUUGAGCAGGUGUGAGAGGGCAGAACUCCAGCAAAAGGAGUGGAUGAGCCACAAGCUGAAGAAGGAGCCCAGUGUCUGCUCAGAAAAAGCUUCCACACUGGAGGAGGUAGCAAGAAAACCCCAAGGUGCUUUGACAACUGACACAGGGGAGGGAGUGGAGGAAUCACAGGGACCGUACACAAAAGUGAAUGUGACUCUGGAUCCAGACACAGCUCAGUCCCGGCUCGUCUUGUCAGAAGAUCAGAGAAGCGUGAUGCAGGGAGCCACACAGCAGAGCCGACUCGACAGCCCAGAGCGAUUUGACCCAUGGCCUUGUGUGCUGGGCUGCGAGGGUUUCGACUCGGGGCGACCAUGCUGGGAGGUGGAGGUGUGCUAUGGGUCGUGCUGGGCUGUGGGUGUGGCCCUGGAGUCCGUGAAGAGAAAGGGACCAAUUGACAUGAGCCCCGUGGGGGGGAUCUGGGCGGUGGGGAGGUAUAAGGAGAAGUUCCAGGCUCUCACUUCCCCAUGUCCCACCCCCGUCCUCCCCAGCAUUGUCCCCCAUAGGGUGCGGGUCUGCCUGGACCAUGCAGGGGGGCAGGUGAUGUUCGUCAAUGUGGACAGCGAGGCUGUGAUCUUUGCUUUCCCACGAGCCAUGUUUGCAGGGGAGCGAAUCCACCCCUGGUUCUGGGUGGGUAAGGGGUCCCAGCUCAAACUGUGUCCUGAGACCUGAGGAGCUGUGUCCUUCCGAGGAGGCUCUGCUGUGGCCACCCUGCCCUCCCUCGUCCCCAUCUGCCUAGUCCCUGGGGAUCCCUGUCUGCCAUCCCCAUCCACAAACCUGCCGUGAGCCUCGGAGGCUGCUGAGCUCCUGGCUGCCUGCCUGCAGAGAGGAGGAGACGCCUCACUGGGAGCAGAGAUGCAGGGGCUUCCCCAGCCUCGGUCCUACCACAGUGGAAGAGGCUUAGAGCAGGGCUCUGGGUGAAAAAUGGCCAUUUCUGGGGACGUACCUUAUUUACAGGAGCCAUGAGGGGGUUGAGGGGCAUAGCAGGGGCAUUGGAGUGCCUAGUGAGGAUAUAUUUUUACUUGAGGAAAUAGGCAGAUGGGUAAAGAGGGUGAAACCUUGCUCAGUCGCCCACCUGGCCAUGGGGUGACGCGCUGCAGCCCUGAAGCUUGGGUAGCCUCUAUGUAUUAGUUCCUGUGGUUGGCCUGUUUGACUUUUGUGUUAGCUUGAGAAAACACAAGUAAAUACUCAUCUUUUGGAGAGGUGCUAGUAGGAUUUACAUCUCCAAAUAAUUUUUUGGAUGAAAUUAUAAUCAGUGCUUUUUAACAAA